AUGUUGUUCCCUCCUCUUCGUCUCUUCUUGUCCCUCUUCCUCUUGAUCUCCUCCGUUUGUUUCUUACAGAUCAAAGCUGACGAUGAAAGCGGUUUGGGCAGUCAUAUCAAAGUAGACCCGAAGCUCAAGUUCGAGAACCCGACGCUGCGUGACGCCUACAUUGCUCUCCAAUCAUGGAAACAAGCAAUCUUCUCUGACCCUUUCAACUUCACAGCCAAUUGGAAUGGUUCAAAUGUUUGCUCCUACAAUGGAAUCUACUGUGCUCCUUCUCCUUUGUACCCAAAAACCCGAGUCGUUGCAGGCAUUGACCUCAACCACGCCGACAUGGCUGGUUACUUGCCUGCCGAGCUUGGUCUCCUCCGCGAUCUCGCUCUUUUCCACCUUAACUCAAACCGUUUCUGCGGUGAAGUCCCUCUCACUUUCAAUCGCAUGAAGCUUCUCCACGAGCUUGAUCUUAGCAACAACCGAUUCGUCGGCAAGUUCCCUAAGGUUGUCCUCUCUUUGCCUUCCCUCAAGUUCUUGGAUCUCCGCUUCAACGAGUUCGAAGGUAAGAUCCCCUCGAAGCUCUUCGACAGGAAGCUCGACGCUAUAUUCUUGAACCACAACCGGUUCCGGUUUGGAAUUCCCGAGAACAUGGGGAAUUCCCCAGUUUCCGCUCUGGUUCUUGCAGACAAUGAUCUCGGAGGAUGCAUACCGGGGAGUAUCGGUCAAAUGGGGAAAACACUCAACGAGCUUAUCCUCUCCAACGAUAACUUGACCGGUUGUUUACCUCCUCAGAUCGGAAAUCUCAAGAAAGUGACGGUUUUCGACAUCAGUUCAAACCGUCUGCGUGGUCCGUUACCGUCUAGCGUCGGGAACAUGAAGAGCUUAGAAGAGCUUCACGUGGCUAACAAUGGCUUCGCAGGAGUCAUUCCUCCAAGUAUCUGCCAGCUUCCUAACCUUGAGAACUUCACUUACUCUUCCAACUUCUUCACCGGCCGUGCUCCUAUAUGCGCCGCUCUGUCCGCAGCCGACACCAUGGUGAACGGCUCCAUGAACUGUAUCACCGGUUUGGCUCGUCAAAGAUCGGCUAAAGAGUGUUUGUCUCUGCUCGCUCGUCCUGUUGAUUGCAGCAAGUUUGGAUGUUUCAACAUCUUCUCUCCACCACCACCGACGUUCAAGAUGUCACCCCUCGUCCGGACACUUCCUCCGCCGGUUUACAUUUACCGUUCGCCACCUCCACCUUCGUCUAAGAUGUCGCCUACCGUCAGAGCAUACUCUCCGCCACCACCACCGUCGUCCAAGAUGUCGCCUACCGUCAGAGCAUACCCUCCACCACCGCCUCCUUCUUCCAAGAUGUCGCCUACCGUUAGAGCUUACCCUCCACCACCACCACCACCAUCACCAUCUCCUCCACCGCCCUAUGUAUACUCAUCUCCUCCUCCACCGCCUUACGUAUACUCAUCUCCUCCACCUCCUCCUUACGUGUACUCAUCUCCUCCACCGCCUUACGUAUAUUCACCUCCUCCACCUCCACCAUAUGUAUACUCAUCUCCGCCUCCACCUUACGUAUACUCAUCUCCACCUCCGCCUCCUCCAAGUCCACCGCCUCCAUGUCCUGAAUCAUCUCCGCCACCGCCUGUUGUAUACUACGAACCCGUGACACAAAGCCCGCCACCACCAUCACCGGUAUACUAUGCACCGGAAAUACAAAGCCCGCCACCACCAUCACCGGUAUACUAUGCACCGGAAACACAAAGCGCGCCACCACCAUCACCGGUAUACUAUGCACCAGAAACACAAAGCCCUCCACCACCAUCACCGGUAUACUAUGCACCAGAAACACAAAGCCCUCCACCGCCAUCUCCGGUAUACUAUGCACCGGUGACAAAAAGUCCACCACCACCAUCACCGGUCUACUACCCGACGGAAACACAAAGUCCACCACCACCAUCACCGGUCUACUACCCGUCGGAAACACAAAGUCCUCCUCCACCGACUGAGUACUACUAUUCACCAAGCCAGUCUCCGCCACCACCAAAGGGAUGUACAGACGGCCAUCCUCCACAAGCACCUCCGAGUUACGAACCAACUCCUGAAUAUUCAUACACAUCAUCACCACCACCACCGUCUCCUCCUUCCUACUCUGACACGUCGCUUCCACCGAUUCCAAGCGUCUCGUAUGCGUCUCCUCCGUCUUACUACUAG